AAUUGUUCUAAGUGUAACGUUCCUGUUCACAAUGGAGUUUGAUUUCGAUGGAAGCUUGAAAGAAUGGGCGAAAGAUAAACCUUUGAGCAUUUUACAACUUGAUCCUGCUGACAGAGCUGUUCUUCGAAUUGCCGACGAACGAGACGCCAUUCAAAAGAAGACUUUUACCAAAUGGGUCAACAAACAUUUGAAAAAGACAUACGCUUGCCUCCACGUGUGUGCGGGUUUUGCCACCAGCAGCGCUCCAUGCUGCUCUCCUACAGCAAGCCGGCAUGUGGGCGACCUUUUCGAAGACCUACGGAGUGGACACAACCUCAUCUCCCUCCUCGAGGUGCUGUCAGGUGAACAUCUGCCCCGGGAGAGAGGUCGCAUGCGGUUCCACAUGUUGCAGAAUGUGCAGAUUUCCCUUGACUUCUUGCGAUACAGGAAGAUCAAGCUGGUGAAUAUCCGAGCAGAAGACAUCGUGGAUGGAAACCCAAAACUGACUCUUGGUCUCAUUUGGACAAUAAUCCUGCAUUUCCAGAUAUCGGAUAUUGUUGUGGGCCAGGAGCCUAAUGUAUCAGCGCGAGAUGCAUUGUUGAGAUGGGCGAGGCGUUCAACGGCCAAGUAUCCGGGUGUCCGAGUCACUGACUUCACAAGUUCAUGGCGCGAUGGCUUGGCAUUCAAUGCUAUUAUUCACCGUAACAGACCUGAUCUAAUCGACUGGCGCUCAAUCCGAUCACGAAUUGCACGAGAUCGCCUAGAGAAUGCAUUCAAUGUUGCAGAGAGGGAAUAUGGCGUGACCAGACUUCUUGAUCCUGAAGAUGUUGAUACCCCUGAACCAGAUGAGAAGUCACUCAUUACAUAUAUCUCAUCUCUGUACGAUGUCUUCCCCGAACCUCCACCGAUACACCCUCUCUACGACCGCGAAUCACAGCAACGAAGUGCCGAAUAUCGAGACAUUGCUAGCUCCCUUCAUUUGUGGAUGAGGGAGAAAUUAUCCAUCAUGUUGGAUCGAACGUUUCCGAACACAUUAAUCGAAAUGAAGAAACUUGCUGCCGAAUCAAGUCGCUUUCGAACAGAUGAAGUUCCACCGCGGCAGAAGGACAAACAGAGACUUACGCACAUUUUCCGAGAAUUAGAAAGGUACUUUGAAGCUGUGGGAGAAGUAGAUAUGGAGCCAGAGCUGCAUAUCGACGUACUGGAAAAGAACUGGAAUCGACUAAUGCUGGCUCACCAGGAACGAGAUCAUGCCAUUGUUGAAGAGAUCAAAAGAUUGGAGCGCUUGCAGCGUUUGGCAGAAAAGGUUCAUCGUGAAAUGAAGCAAGUGGACUCCCGUUUAGAAGAAUUAGAACAAAGAGUAGAAGAUGAAGCUCACCGGCUAGAUCGCCUGCACCCACUCGAUGCCAAGCACAAUGUUGAUCUUCUGGAGCAAGACAUAAGACUUACAGAGGAGAGCAUCAAUAGUUUGUUUGGAGAUGUGCAGAGCCUCAGAGAUGGGCGCUAUCCUCAGGCUCCUGACCUUCAUAAGAGAGUUCAGAAGCUGCACCAACGUUGGGUAGCACUCAGAUCACUGCUACAUUCAAAGCUUAUCACUCCACUUGCCUCCAUAUCAUUCCCAGUGGAAGAACGGACAGUGACACGACAGACACGUACUGUCCUAGAAACUCGACUGGUUGAGACCAACAUUCAUUUCCGCCAGCUUCAGGAAUGCACUGAAUGGUGUCAAAACAAAUUGAAACAACUGCAAGAAGCGGAGUAUGGGUCUGACCUGCCCAGUGUUCAGAAUGAACUGGAUAUCCAUCAACGAGAACACAAGAAUAUUGAGCAAUUCCAUAUCAGAGUGGAGCACUGUGUAUCUGCCAAGAACAAUUUCCAUGGUGAAGAGCUUCAGCUGUACACACAACAUCUCAGCCAGCUGCAGAAGGUGUAUGCCGAACUACUUGUGACAUCCAACAAACGCCUCUCAGACUUGGAAACACUUCAGGAUUUCCUUCAGUCAGCAACCAAUGAACUUAUCUGGCUUAAUGAGAAAGAGGAAGUUGAAUUGUCGCGGGACUGGAGUGACAAGAAUCUCAACAUCCCAGCUAUUGAGCAGUACUAUGAGUCUCUUAUGAGUGACUUAGAGAAGCGUGAGAUACAGUUCAGUGCAGUCCAAGACCGUGGUGAAUCUCUUGUUUUACAACACCAUCCAGCAGCAAAGUGCAUUGAAGCAUAUAUGGCUGCUAUGCAAACACAGUGGGCAUGGCUCCUACAGCUUACGUUGUGUUUGGAGACGCACCUCAAACAUGCUUCUGUCUACCAUCAGUUUUACCGAGAAGUGCGCGAGGCUGAGGAGUGGAUCACAAAGCGUGAUGAAAUCAUGAACACAUUAUACAGCCAGUCAGAUUUUACUUUGGAUGAAGGCGAGCGCUUGUUGCGUGGGAUGCAGGAACUCCGAGAAGAGCUGAACCACUAUGGUGAUGUAGUACAGGGAUUGUCAGAGAAAUGCAAGGACAUUGUGCCUUUAAAGCUGCGACGACAACCAGUGACUAGGCCCCUGCAAGUGCUAGCCAUUUGUGCCUACAAACAAGUGAAUAUUGUGAUAGAAAAGGGUGAACAAUGUAUUCUGCAUGACAACUCUGGGCGCGUGAAGUGGCGAGUUGCAAACUCGUCAGGUGUUGAGAGUUCAGUGCCAGGAACAUGUUUCCUUGUACCUCCACCUGAUAAAGAAGCACUUGAUGCAGUUGAGAGAUUGAAGAGACAGUUUGACCGUUCUAUUGCUCUGUGGCAGAAGAAGCAGCUCCGUAUGAGGCAGAACAUGAUCUUUGCCACAAUCAAAGUGGUCAAAAGUUGGGACCUGGCUCAGUUCCUUGCUAUGGGUCAAGAACAGCGAAAUGCCAUUCGCAGAGCUUUGAAUGAAGAUGCAGAUAAACUAUUACAAGAAGGAGAUCCAGCUGAUCCUCAACUGCGACGCUUGCGUCGGGAGAUGGAAGAAGUGAACCGACUAUUUGAUGACUUUGAGAGACGUGCCAGAGCUGAAGAGGAGAGUAAGAAUGCAAGCCGUAAUUUCAAUGACCAGAUUACGUCACUGCAGGCUUCAUUGGAUGAAGCUGAACGUACAUUGGCUGCUCGUACUGCUGCGUCUCUCCCUCGUGAUCUUGACUCACUGGAACACCUAGUUAUUGAACAUAAGGAGUUUGAAACUCAGCUGCAGGCCCUGGGACCCGAGAUUGAAGAUGUACAGGCAACAUUUCGCAGUGUGGCACGCAAGACUCCAGCCAUGCAGACCAAGUUGGAUAAGUGCCUGAGCAAAUGGAACCAGUUGUGGAGCUCAUCUCACCUAUAUAUCGAGAGGUUGAAGUGUGUGGAGAUAGUCCUCACUGGACUUGAGGAGGCCACAACAGUUGUCUCAGAGUUUGAGUUGAAGUUGGCGUCCUACGAGGAACUGCCUUCUGAAGUCAAUGCUCUGGAAGCUGUUCAUGAAGACUUGCUGAAUCUCCAGAAUUCAGUGUCACAGCAACAGAUCGUCAUCGAUCAGCUGACUGAGGAUGUACAUAAUGCACGCCGGCUAGUGGAGAAGUCUCGACCCACUCAUCGUGGCCCUCACUCGGAUGUAGAGAGGCUUGAGGCAGAUGUGAGUCGACUCACCAAUCGCUGGGAGAAUGUGUGUGAACAACUUGUUGACAGGCUUCGCAGCUGUGAAGCAGCAUAUGGCCUUCUGCAGACAUAUACCAACUCGUACCAGACUGAGAUGUCCUGGGUCGAUGAGAACUAUGGAAAGCUGAACAACCUGGCAGCAAUUGGUGUAAAUGCAAAGGAGCAGUUGGAGCCAACCAAGGCGUUGUACAACAGUGUUCUAGAAAACACUCAGACCAUUGAACAGGUGAAUGUUGUUGGCGGACGUUUCAUCCGUGAGGCUAAGAUUUACGACUUGAGACUGCAGCGUUACCUUGGGUGGCUCGUGGAGGAGGUACACCCUAGCUUGGAUGCAACACUGAGCACACGGUGUACUGAUGGGGGCGGAGCUGACACCGUAGCAAAGCAGCUAGAUAUCCUGAACCAUCGAUACCAGGCACUGCUGGCUGUUCUGUAUGACCGCCUGAGACAGAUUGCAGCACUUUCGCCAAAUGACCCAACACUGCAGUUGCUGGUGACUGAAAUGGAACCCCGGCAAAUGAGAACAUUUCGAACUGAAUUCAACAUUUUUGAAUCAUCUACAACGGAUACCACAGAUUCCAGAACUUACAAUAGUAGUGUUCACUAUGAAACACAGUCAGACAGGUUUUUCCGUCAGACGAGUCCAUCUGCUCAGCAUGACAUCAACAGUGUGAAAACACGUAAAGAUGGCUCUCGCAACACUGCAGCAUCAGUAGCAACUGUAACUGUAACCACACCAAGUGGACCACCUACAAAGAAGCGCUCAAAGCCGGAGUCUGAAACUUACAACUCAGCAGCACAGACAAGAGGAGGGACCAGCAACUAUCCUAAUGCUUCUGUUUCAAGAAACGGUGAGGCUGGCUCUGGGCUGAGUCCUUCAAAGAUUUUUAAGGAUUCUCCCAUGAAUUGGUCUGGAAGCUCAAUGCAGUUUUCAGAGAUACGAUCAUUGAAGAGGAUACACAAAGUAGAAGAAGGGAUUGGAACCGACAGCAUCAUAGAAAGUCGAGGAAUCAUCCAUCCCUCAACUGGAGAAGUACUGACUGUUGGUGAUGCCAUAAGACUUCGAAUUCUAGAUGUGAGAACAGGUCAAAUAGCAACGUCACCAGAUGGGCGAUCACCAGCAGUCAGCAUUGAAGAUGCAGCAGAUAGGGGUCUUGUAGAUCCUGCUCUUGCAGAACAGCUUCUUGGACCAUGCGGAAUUAUUGAAGAAGAUGGUGGAUCUGGACGACAACUGUCACUACUGGAAGCAAUACAGCGAGAACUGCUUGAUGCAGAACGGGGACUUGCGACUUCAGCAGAAGGACAGGUUAAGCAAGCAGUGGAAGAAAAGUAUAAGCAUUGUGAUGAGACAUUGUCAAAACUUCUGACCUGGAUUCGAGAAGUGGAAGACAAGUUGGCAAACCAGGAUGUUGCCCAAGAAGAUGCAGAAGAACUCCAUAACCAGAUCAACAUCAUGAAGCAAGUGAAGGAUGACUUGGACUCCCACUUGAGACCAGUGUCAUCAUGCCUGGACCAGAUACGGCAGGUGGUUGCAUCAGGUGGUGAUGUUCUGUCUAGUGAUGAAGUGUCCACCCUUGAGAAGAACGGCCACUCACUCAAGACCCGUUAUGAUCGUGCUGUGGACAGGACAGACAGGUUACUCAAACGUCUUACUGCCGCCUAUGAUGAGCUCAGCAAAUUUAGAAAUGAACUUUCUACAUUCCGUGCAUGGCUUGAUAAGGCCCGCCGAACUUUGGAGGAUAAGGAGAAGUCUCUUUCCAACUUGAAUAAACUGAACACCAAUGCAGACAGCACUAGGGAGUUUGUAAGUGAUGUUAUUGCUCACCAGGCUGACUUGCGCUUCAUCACUAUGGCAGCACAGAAGUUUGUUGAUGAAUCUAAGGAAUAUCUUACGUCAUUGAAUGAAUUCCGAACAAGCCUACCGCAGCGGUUACCUCACAUUCAGCCUUCACAGGACUCUGUUGUACGAAAUGAAGUGUCAGCAGUCACAGCACAAUAUCGUGAUUUGCUGUUUCGUGCCAAUGGAUUGUCAGACCGGUUAUCUGGUGUGGGCGGGCGCCAACGAGAGUACCGUGAUGCCCUGGACAAGGCUCGUUCAUGGUUGCGUGAAGCUGAACCAAGAGCUAAUAAAGUUCUCUCAGAGCCCAUUGGAGCUGAACCCAAGACUGUGGAGGAGCAACUGAACAAAGCCAAGACAUUAAACAAUGAAUUUGUGGCCCAAGGAAGGCUUGUAGAUGCAGCAAAGCAGAGUGUGGCAGCACUGUUGAGAUCUCUGGAAGGUCAGCAGACUCCUGGAGAGAUGGCUGCUUUAGAGUCACCUGUUGUGGAGUUGGAAGCCAAGUACAACCAGUUGUCUGAUGCACUGGCUGAUAAAUGCCGUGCUCUUGACACUGCACUUGUUCAGAGUCAAGGUGUACAGGAUGCUCUGGAUGGACUGAUGCAAUGGCUUAAUGCCACAGAAAACCAACUCAAAUCACUCAUGCGGCCUGCUAGCCUACAGAAAGAGCGUUUGGAGGAACAGCUUCGGGAGCACCGCUUGUUGCAGUCAGAUGUGGACAACCAUCGCCCAAGUGUAGAGAGUGUAGCACAGUCAGCACAAGAACUGGUUGCCACUGCUAGUAAUGCACGUCUUGCCAAGAAGAUUGAGACAAAGCUACGUGAUGUCACUACCAGGUUUGACAAGUUACUGGACAGAACAGUGAAGCGCAGUGAACUGCUGGAAGAAGUGCACUCUGCGCUCAUUGUGUUCUCAAAUGCCACUGUUCAGUUUGAGUUGUGGUACUGUGAACUUCUCGAUGCCAUUGAGUCUCGAGAUAUCUUAAAACUGGAAAUUGCUGCGUAUGCAGUUAAAAUAGAUGAAAUUGUUGCUAAACGUGAUGCUAAGCAAGGGGAGUUUGAUGAUGUUGUUCACAGUGGAAAGAACCUGGUUGCCAAGAAAGAUGUGACAGACACGGUUCCAGUCAGGGAUAAAAUAAAGGCUUUGGAAGGCCAGUGGAAGGAUCUUAAUUCUCUUCUGGAAGAUAAACAGAAGUUAAGUAAAGCCCGGGCUGAACAAUUAGGUGCCUAUGAGAAGUUGCGUGACCAGGUUCUAGAGUGGCUGGCAACCAUGGAAACUCGAGUGUUGCGACUUGAACCUGUAGCUAUUGAAAUUGAAACACUCAAGCGACAAACUGAACAAUUGAAGCCACUGAUGAAGGAAUACAGGGAUUAUGGUAAUACCAUUGACAAAGUGAAUGAUCUCGGCAAUAUGUAUGAUGGACUUCUGAGAGGUGAGAGGCCAGAAAGUCCACCACGCAGGCGUAGCUCAGCCUACAGCCCCACAAAGAGAACUUCUGCUACAGCCAGUCCAUUGCGUAGAACAUCUCAAGAGGUAAGGUCUCCCUCACCAACUAAAUCAAGUAGUGGUGGUUUCUCUGUCCAGAGUCCAGUCUCUCCAGGUGGCUCUAGUGGAUUUAGCAGUCGCCGUUCCUCUCAGGAUGGUUUCCAUCUUGAAGAACUGUCUCCAGUACAACAGCAGUUAACAGAAAUCAACAACCGUUACGGUCUGCUGGGAGUGCGUCUCUCAGAUCGCCAAGCAGAGGUUGACAGCAUUCGUGAAGAGGUGAAGAAACAUUUAGAUAACCUGCGAAGUCUUGGUCAGUUCUUAGACAAAGUUCAACGGAAUCUCCCAAAGGAGACUGUUCCACACACUAAAGAAGAUGCUGAUAAGACGGCCAAGCAGAUGAAGAGCAUAGUGGAGGAUAUGUAUGAGAAACAGUCCCUACUGGACAGCACCAAGAGCCAAGUGAAUGACUUGUUGCGCCGAAAACCAGGGGCUCUAGGUGCUGACACAUUGCAAGAUGAGCUAACAGACGUAGUUUCACGUUGGAAGAACCUUCACGAUCGAUGCAAGGAUAGAAUCAAGUUUAUGGAAGACAUGAAAGAUUUCCAUGAUACUCAUGAUAACUUGAGUGGGUGGUUGAGUGCUAAGGACCGGAUGAUGAUGGUUCUGGGUCCAAUCUCAUCAGAUUCACGCAUGGUGCAGAGCCAAGUGCAGCAAGUGCAAGUAUUGAGGGAGGAAUUCCGUACCCAACAGCCACAGUUGUCACAUCUCUCAGAAGUAGGUGAAUCUGUUCUUGCUCGUCUAGAUCCUGACACACCUGAUGCUCAGCGUGUGUCUGGACGCCUCACAUCCAUAUUGCAGCGUUGGGCUGACCUUCUGGGUCGCCUGGAGGAACGAGCAGACAGCUUGGGAGCUGCUGCUGAUACAAGCCGAGAGUUUGACGCAGGUCUGAAUAGGCUGAAGGAUGGACUGCAAGGAAUAUCUGACCAACUGGAUGAUCUGCCACUGGACAAGGAUCCAGAAGAACAGCUGAGGAAGUUAGAAAAUUUGGAACGUCAACUAGAAGGUCAGCGUCCUCUGCUAGCUGAUGCUGAAGCAGCAGGAGCACAGUUGUGUGAAGUGCUGAGUGAUGCGGCCUCCCGCGCAGAAAUUCAAGCCAAGUUGGCAGCCGUAGGCAAACAGUACAACACUCUCCAGAAGAAGCUUGAUCACCGUAAAGCAGAGAUGGAAGGAUUUCUGAGGGAUGGUCGUCAGUUUGAAGCAUCCUGUGCCAGAACUCUGGGUUGGCUGACAGAUGAACUUGGUGGAAUGUCAGAGAGACUCCUUGUAUCUGCUGACAGGGAUGUGCUGCAGCAGCAAGUGGACCAUCAUGAGCCUGUUUAUAAAGAUGUAAUGAGCAAGGAGCAUGAAGUGAUAAUGCUGCUCAACAAGGGUCGUGACAUGCUUUCCCGGUCAGCAUACCGUAACAGUAACAGCAGCGGUGGCAGUGACACACGUAACCUUCAACGUGAUAUAGACAAGAUACAACAGCAAUGGGACAGACUGCGCAAAGACACUGUUGACAGACAUACUCGGCUUCAGACCUGCAUGGAACAUUGCCGCAAGUACUACAGAGCACAAGAGAGCUUCUUGCCAUGGCUGAUUCAAGCAGAAAAUAAGUUAGAGACUUUGCAGCCUGCCAGUUUUAAGCGUAAGGAUAUUGAGCGGCAGCUGAAAGAACUUGGAGCAUUCCGUAAUGAAGUAUGGAAGCAUUCGGGUGAAUACGAGAAUCAUAGGAUGCUUGGGGACACAUUUGUUGCAGCUUGUGACAUAGACAAGGAAGUUGUCAAAAGUGAACUGACAGCUACCAAGCAGCGUUGGGACAAACUUAAUAACGAUCUGUUGGAGCGCACUCAGUCCCUGGAGGACACAGCUCGGCGGUUGACUGACUUCGCAGAGAACUUGCGUGACCUUCAGCAUUCCCUUCAACGUUGUGAAGACAAGUUGGCUUCACAUGAUGCUCUAGGUGGAGCUUCUAAAGAUCCAAAGUUAUUGGAACGAAUAAAGACACUGCGAGAGGAGACAGGAGGAUUGAAGAAGCCACUGCAAUCAGUUCGCCAGGUGGCUGGUGACCUGGUGAAUUUGGCUGGUGAACAUGGUGUUGAUGCCUCUCACCUGCAGGAUGAAGUGGAUAACCUCGCUGAUCGACUGGAUGACUUGCAGGCCAAGUUGGAUGACCGCUGCAGUGAGCUGCAGUCUGCAGCAACAGCAGUCACUCAGUUCAAUGACCAGGUGAAAGGGUUAAGCCAUGACCUUUCAGACUUGGAGCAUGAGCUUGAUGCCAUGAAACCUCCAGGUCGUGAUCUGAAGACAGUUCGAGGACAGUUGGAUGAUACAGGAAAACUUCUGAAGAAGAUAGCAAAGGCUGCAGAUGAUGUUGCCAAUACAGUUUCUGCAGGGGAGCAUCUUGUAGACAGUGGAUUUGCUCCUGAUACAACAGCAACGCGUGAACAAGUUGAAAUGCUGCGACGACAACUUGGUCGCCUGGAUGAACGCGCUAAGUCCCGAGAAGAAGAUCUUGACUCAACAUUGGGAAGGCUUGAAUUGUUCUAUCAGAUCCAUUCUGCAGUUACACAGGAUAUAGCAGAGGCCAGUGAAAGAGUUCGUGAACUGAAGCCGGUUGGUUCAGAAGUAGAAAGCAUCCGGGCACAGCAGGAGGAGUUCAGGGCAUUCCAAGCUUCCAACAUUGAGCCUCUGGCACACCAAGUGGAAGACUGCAACCGGCUGGGGCAGGGACUCAUCCAAUCAGCUGCAGGAGGUGUUAACACUACAAGCCUUGAGAAGGACUUGGAGAAGAUGAAUGACAAAUGGAAUGACCUCAAGGACAGGUUGAAUGAACGAGACCGCAAGCUGGAUGUUGGUCUCCUGCAGUCGGGCAAGUUCCAGGAAGCAUUGGAUGGUUUAGCUAAGUGGCUUACUGACACUGAAGAGAUGGUAGCCAAUCAGAAGCCACCAUCAGCAGAUUACAAAGUUGUCAAGGCACAGCUGCAGGAACAAAAGUUCCUCAAGAAGAUGCUGCUUGACCGCCAAAAUUCAAUGUCAUCUCUGUUUGCCAUGGGCAACGAAGUGGCAGCUGGUGCUGACCCUGUGGAGCGUAAGGGUAUUGAACGACAAUUGCAAGAACUUAUGGAGCGUUUUGAAAACUUAACAACUGGUGCCACUCAACGUUAUGAUGAUCUCCAGCAGGCCAUGGCUGUAGCAAAAGACUUCCAGGAUAAGUUGGUGCCAUUGAUGGAAUGGUUGGAUCGUACUGAGAAGCAGGUGAAAGACAUGGAGCUUGUUCCGACAGAUGAAGAGAAGAUUCAGCAGAGGAUUAAGGAACACAAUGUUCUUCACAGUGAAAUAUUGCGAAAGAAACCAGACUUCUCUGAGCUCACUGAGGUGGCCAGUGCUCUGAUGGCACUUGUAGGUGAGGAUGAGGCAGCAGGUUUAGCAGACAAGUUACAAGACACAACAGAUCGUUACACUGCCGUGGUAGAGGCCUCGGACAAUGUGGGUCAGCUUCUCCAACAGUCACGUGCUGGUCUGCGUCAUCUGGUACUUACAUAUCAAGACCUGCAAGCCUGGAUGGAAGCAAUGGAGCAUCGAAUGGCAAACUACAGAGUCCUGGCUGUCCACACUGACAAACUGCUGGAGCAGAUGGAUGACCUUGCGGAUUUAACAGAGGAGAUAGCUAACCAUCAGAGCCAAGUGGAUGGAACUGUUGACAGUGGCCUUGAACUUAUGAAGCACAUUUCAAGUGAUGAAGCGUUACAACUGAAAGACAAGCUGGACUCACUUCAGCGGCGAUUUAAUGAUCUCACAACACGUGGUGCCGAUCUACUCAAACAUGCUCAGGAAGCAUUGCCAUUAGUCCAGCAGUUCCACAACUGCCACAACCGUCUAGUCGACUGGAUGAUGGGGGCAGAAACCCAGCUACAGUGUGCUGACCCUCGAGAAGAAGAUAUCCAAAGAUUAGAACAUGAUAUUCAAGAAUUCCGGCCAGUGCUGGAAAGCAUCAACCUAGUGGGUCCACAGCUGUGUCAGAUCUCUCCAGGGGAAGGUGCUUCCACUAUAGAAGGUCUUGUUACCCGAGACAAUCGCAGGUUUGAUGCCAUUGCUGAGCAGAUCCAACGUAAAGGAGAACGCAUCCAUCUUUCCAAACAGCGAUCGCUGGAGGUUAUUGGGGACAUUGAUGAGCUGCUUGACUGGUUCCAUGAGGUAGAUGGACAGAUCCGUGAUGCAGAACCUCCCAGCUCAGACCCUGAUGUUAUUAGAGUACAAUUAAAGGAACACAAAGCACUGAAUGAUGACAUCUCCAGUCAGAAGGGUCGUGUCCGAGAUGUUCUGUCUACCGCUAAGAAGGUUCUGCGUGAGUGUGCCCAGCAUGAAGAUACAUCAAUUAUUCGUGAGAAGAUGGAAGAUCUGCGUGAGACUAUGGACACAGUGUCCAGUUUGAGCUCUGAUCGUCUGGGUGUGCUAGAGCAGGCUCUUCCUCUAGCGGAACAUUUCCAUGAGACUCAUGCUGGACUGGUCAGUUGGCUAGAUGAAAUGGAACAGCAGGUGGCUAUGCUGGCUAUGCCAGCUCUUAGACCAGAUCUUAUUAGUCAGCAGCAAGACAGGAAUGAGAUAUUUGUUCAGUCAAUCUCUGAGCACAAGCCACUGGUAGAGAAGCUGAAUAAGACAGGUGAAGCUCUGAUUCGACUUUGUAAUGAUGAAGAAGGAGGGAAGGUUCAGGAUAUCUUGGAUGCAGACAAUGCUCGCUAUGCAGCCCUCAGAAGUGAACUCCGACAACGGCAGCUAGCACUGGAACAGGCUUUGCAGGAGUCUAGUCAGUUCUCUGAUAAACUGGAAGGCAUGCUGCGUGCUUUGGGCUCUGCUGCUGAUCAAGUCAACUCUGCUGAGCCUGUAUCUGCUCAUCCUCCUCGUAUCCGUGACCAAAUGGAUGAGAAUGCAGCCUUGGUUGAAGAUCUGGACAAACGAGAGGAAGCAUUUGCAGCAGUUAAGAGAGCGGCUGAUGAUGUCAUCAGCAAGGCUGGUAAUCGAGCAGAGCCAGCUGUCAGAGAUAUUAAGCGUAAACUUGAACGACUCAAUAGCCUGUGGAAUGAGGUUCAGAAAGCAACAAAUGAUCGAGGGAAGUCCCUGGAAGAUGCACUGGCAGUGGCAAAGCGAUUCUGGGAUGAGUUGCAUAGUGUUAUGGCAACACUGCAGGACCUGCAGGACUCGCUGAGCUCACAGGAACCACCUGCAGUUGAACCUGCUGCUAUUCAACAACAACAGGUCGCCUUGCAAGAGAUUCGCCAUGAGAUUGAUCAGACCAAACCAGAAGUUGAUCAGUGCCGUCAGACUGGUCAAGAGUUGAUGAGUCUGUGUGGUGAGCCAGACAAACCUGAAGUAAAAAAACAUAUCGAAGACUUGGACUCAGCAUGGGACAACAUAACAGCACUGUAUGCAAAAAGGGAAGAGAAUCUCAUUGAUGCAAUGGAGAAGGCAAUGGAGUUCCAUGAAACCUUGCAGAACCUUUUGGAGUUCCUGGACAGCGCAGAAGACAGGUUUGCUAGCAUGGGAGCUCUGGGCUCUGAUAUUGAUGCAGUGAAAAGGCAGAUUGAGCAACUAAAAGGCUUUAAAGCUGAUGUGGACCCUCAUAUGGUGAAAGUUGAGGCACUCAACAGGCAAGCACAAGAGCUGACUGAACGGACAUCUGCAGACCAGGCUGCAGCUAUCAAGGAACCACUUUCUGCUGUGAAUCGUCGCUGGGAUGAGCUUCUCCGUGGAAUGGUCGAACGACAGAGACAGUUGGAGAAUGCCCUCUUGCGUCUUGGCCAGUUCCAGCAUGCACUAGCAGAACUGUUGGUUUGGAUUGAUAAAACUGAUGGUACAUUAGAUGAAUUGAAACCUGUAGCUGGAGAUCCACAGGUCCUGGAAGUUGAACUUGCAAAGCUGAAGGUGCUGGUAAAUGACAUUCAAGCACAUCAGACGAGUGUGGAUACGCUCAAUGACGCAGGUCGCCAGAUAAUUGAAUCAGGUAAAGGAACUGCGGAGGCAUCUGCUACACAAGAGAAAUUAUCGCAGCUGAACCGACAUUGGCGAGAUCUGCUUGCAAAGGCAGCUGAUAGACAGCAUGAACUGGAAGAUGCAUUGCGGGAGGCUCAGAGGUUUCAUGCUGAGAUCCAGGACCUUCUGUCUUGGCUUGGAGAUGUUGAUGGAGUCAUAGCAGCCUCGAAACCUGUUGGUGGUCUACCAGAGACUGCUUCAGAGCAGCUGGAAAGAUUCAUGGAAGUAUACAAUGAAUUCGAGCAGAGUCGUCCCAAGGUAGAGACAGUUCUGCAGCAAGGGCAGGAGUACCUGAAGAAGUCAGGCUCAGGAGCAGCCAAUAACUUGCAGCACAACCUCCGGACACUUAAGAACCGCUGGGACAGUGUUACUGCCCGAGCUUCAGACAAGAAGAUCAAACUAGAAAUUGCUCUUAAGGAGGCUACAGAGUUCCAUGAAGCUUUACAGGCUUUUGUUGACUGGCUGACCAAUGCUGAGAAGAUCUUGAGCAAUUUGAAACCUGUAUCUCGUGUUAUGGAAACAAUUCUGGGUCAGAUAGAAGAACACAAAACCUUCCAGAAGGAUGUUGGUGUUCAUCGGGAAACUAUGCUAAAUCUGGACAAGAAGGGAACACACCUCAAGUACUUCAGUCAGAAACAAGAUGUAAUUCUCAUCAAGAAUCUGCUGAUCAGUGUUCAGCAUCGCUGGGAAAGGGUAGUAAGCAAGUCGGCAGAGCGAACUCGAGCGCUUGAUCAUGGCUACAAGGAAGCACGUGAAUUCCAUGACUCCUGGUCUGGUAUGAUGGCAUGGCUCAGAGAAACUGAGAAGAGCUUGGAUGAUCUGGCAAUUGAAGCUUCUGGUAUUGGCAAUGAUCCUGAAAAGAUUAAGGCUCGUCUUGCAAAACAUCGUGAAUUCCAGCGUGCUCUGUCUGGAAAGCAGGCGACCUACGAUGCCACAAUGAGGGCUGGGAAGACUCUAAAGGAGCGGUCACCCAAGUCUGAUGAGCCUGCUCUGAAGCAGAUGAUGACUGAACUCAAGAACAAGUGGAAUGCUGUGUGCGCGAAGUCAGUUGACAGACAAAGAAAGUUGGAGGAAGCUUUGCUGUUUUCUGGCCAGUUCAAAGAUGCUGUCCAGGCUCUGCUGGAAUGGCUGCAAAAGGUGGAGAAGGUUUUGUCAGAAGAAGGUCCUGUUCAUGGAGACCUGGAUACUGUCAUGGCACUUGUAGAGCAACACAAGACAUUUGAGGAAGAUCUUGCAAGUCGUGCUGCACAGAUGGAGUCUGUUCAGCGGACUGGUAAAGAGCUUGAAGCAAAGGCAACACCUAAUGAUGCUGCAACAAUCCAAGGACAGCUGUCAGAGCUCAAAGGUUUGUGGGACAAAGUGUCAGCUCUGAGCAGGAAAAAAUCUCUCCGGCUAGAGGAUGCGCUGAAAGAGGCUGAACAGUUGCACAAGGCAGUACACAUGCUUCUGGAAUGGUUGUCAGAUGCAGAAAUGAAGCUGAGGUUUGCAGGACCAUUGCCUGAGGAUGAACAAGAGACUCGCAACCAGUUGGCUGAACAUGACAAAUUUAUGCGUGAAAUGACUGAGAAGGAACAUGAGAAAGAUAAUACAAUUGCAUUGGCACAACAUAUACUUGUUAAAGCCCAUCCUGAUGGUGCAACUGUCAUUAAACACUGGAUUACCAUUAUCCAGUCUCGCUGGGAAGAAGUGUCUACUUGGGCCAAACAGAGAGAACAGCGGUUAGUGGAACAUCUACGCUCCUUACAUGAUUUGGAGGGUCUGCUGGAAGAACUGCUGACUUGGCUGGCUGGCCUGGAGAGUACUUUAUUAACCCUUGAAGCAGAGUCCUUGCCUGAUGACAUACCAACAUUAGAAGGUCUUAUCUCUGACCACAGAGAAUUUAUGGAAAAUACUUCAAAGCGUCAGCCUGAAGUGGACAGUGUGUGCAAGUCCCGACAACAGGUUAAACAACAACCAACCACACCCCAUGCUGUCAAAGAUCGCAAGCUUUCAAGGCCUAAAACACCUGGCAAGGAGAACAGCAGAGAUAAUCGGGAAUCAUCACCCGAGUAUGACUCACCAUCACGCAAAUCCAGUCGCACGAGCCCAGGGCGUGAGAAAGCACCGGAAUUGGUACCUCACAUUGGGCCCAGAUUUGCAGCUAAAGGAAGCAAGGGUGCAGAGCCUGUGUUCCGAAACCCACGGGUGAAACUACUUUGGGACAGAUGGCGCAAUGUAUGGAUGCUGGCAUGGGAGCGGCAGCGCCGUUUGCAAGAGAAGUAUUCAUAUUUGCUGGAACUGGAGAAAGUUAAAAACUUUAGUUGGGAUGACUGGAGGAAGCGUUUCUUGAAGUUCAUGAACCACAAGAAAUCACGUUUGACUGACCUCUUCCGAAAAAUGGACAAAAACAAUGAUGGUCUCAUUCCCAGAGAGGACUUCAUCGAUGGAAUUAUGAAAACCAAAUUUGACACUAGUAGGUUAGAAAUGAAUGCAGUAGCAGACCUGUUUGACCGGUCGGGAGAAGGUCUGAUCGACUGGAAGGAAUUCAUUGCUGCUCUAAGGCCAGACUGGGAGGAACGGAAACCAGAAACUGAGGCAGAUAAGAUCCAUGAUGAAGUGAAGCGAUUGGUGAUGCUGUGUACUUGCCGUCAAAAGUUCCGUGUCUUCCAGGUUGGAGAAGGAAAGUACAGGUUUGGUGACAGUCAGAAACUGCGUUUGGUGCGUAUCCUUCGCUCAACUGUGAUGGUGCGAGUUGGUGGUGGUUGGGUGGCUCUGGACGAGUUCCUGGUGAAGAAUGAUCCGUGUCGAGCCAAGGGCCGCACAAACAUCGAGCUGCGUGAACAGUUCAUCCUGGCAGAGGGCGUGUCACAGAGUAUGACUGCGUUCAAACCCAGGGCCAGUCCGGGUGGCAGUUCAACAGGAUCACAACGUUCCCAGUCUCUGGCUGGACCCAUUACCAAGGUGCGUGAGCGCAGUGCACGCAGUGUUCCCAUGGGACGUAACACUGGACGAUCAUCAUUCUCUGGUGGACAUCGUACUCCAGACUCUCUCAGUGAUAAUGAGAGCACACUGACCCGACCAAUAAGGAAAGGAUCAGCGCCUCCUCGUUCUACCCUCACUCCAGGAGGAAGCCAGCCAGGCAGCAAAGCGGGCAGUCGUCCCAACAGUCGCCCCAGUAGCCGACCUCAGAGCCGUCAAGGCAGCAAACCUCCCAGCAGACAUGGGUCCACACUCUCUCUUGAUAGCACAGAUGAAGGUACACCCAGCCGCAUUCCAAUUCAUCGGCGUGUUACACCUAGCAGUCGCACUGCUGGCAGUGGAUCUGGUACCACCACACCCACGCGCAAACUUACAGUGCCUGUUAAUGGAACAACUCCCAGUUCACGUCCACGCACUCCAACAGGACUUACCAGUCCAGCUAGUGGAGUAUACACCAGGUUAGGAACGAUUCAUCGAGCUUCAAGUAUUCCAACGCUCUCUGGUGUUGGCACUAGCCGCUCAAGGAUACCAGUAUUUGUGGGUUCGAGUUCCAUUGAAUCACAGCUCUCUUCUUGUUCUUCUUCUGGACAUUCAACAGUUAGGAUGACUUCUGCUUCUAACAUCCCUAUUCUAGUCGAAGGACCUUAUAGGAAUCGUACACCAUCUGGCUCAAGCACACCCAUUCCAAGUGGGGCCAAAGUUGCAAGGAAGACAUCUGGUGCCUCUGAUACAGCUACAGGAACCUCACGCAAGAGUUCUAAAGCUGCCACACCUAUUGAAUCACGGGCACCAUUCAGACUUUAGGGAUCAAGUGUAUCAACAUAUGAGCCAUUUGUAACUGACAUGAAACAAAUUUCAAAUCAAAAUAACUUAGUUUCUUCAAGUUACAAGGUGUGAUGUGAAGCAGAAAUUAUUUCACAAUAAAAGACAAAUUUAGAGAAUUGAUUUUCAUGUCUUCAUGUAUUUAUAGAUUAAAAGUUGUUUUUUAAUUACAUUUCAGUUAGAUUCAUCUCACACAUUCAUUUCUGUAGUUAUUUUUACACCUUGAAACUGGAGAGUUCAACACGUUUGUUAUAAUUCUUUUGAGGGACCAUUCAUUUUAAGUUCUGGAAAUGGCAAUGUGAUGUUACUGUCCCUGUGAGAAAUACUUUUUGUUAAUUGUUGGAUGUUUUAUUUUCUAAGAUUAUUUUUAAGCAGCACCAGUCUUUUAUUUAAAAUAUGAGGUGGGUUGUGUUUCUUUGUUACAACCAUAUUAACUUACUUGCUGAUAACACAAUGUAACUGCAAGAUGUGGACACUGUUAUGGUAAAGGAGCUGACACCAAUAUUAGCAUGCAGUUACAAAAUGGCAAUAACAAGUAUGUAACAAUAUAUUCUGCUUCAUCACACCUUUUAUUUUGAAGUUCCUUUGAUUAAAGGAACUAAAUAAUUAUAAUGUAAUUAUUAAUUUAUAACUACAUAAUUUAAGUAUGAAUCAAAGUUAUGAAAAUAUAGAUGUUUGGUUAAAUUAACAACAAGAUGAAAUAAUGCAGUUCAGGGGUUUUACUUUCCAUCUGUGUAGAAUAAGUAUGUGCCAUCAUUGUCAUGUUGGUAAGUUAACCAAACCUAAUUUAUUUGCAGACUUUAGGAAAUAAAUCAAACAUGCUUUAAUUACACACACUGUAUACUCUUUUUAUAAUAGAGCUAAUAUAUAUAAAUAUAUAUAUUAUUUUUAUUAACAUUCUCAGCUUAUUGCCACAAAGUCACUUAUGUUUAUUCACAUACUUGUGAUAAUUUUAAUUUAGUUGUACAUUAACAUAAUCAUUGCAGAUUAUUUUUCACUUUGUAUGUUUUUGUCUGUUUUGUACCUAAAUGCAAUCACUGAUAACAGAAGACAGAUUG